GAAAUUCCUCUUCAGUCUAUGGUCGAUAAUGCGGUAGUUUUACUUAACAAAGAUGAUGGAUAUCAGGCCAAGAAAUUAAUUUCAUUCAUACGUAAGUUUCAUGAAACAACUGAUUCAAGUGAGGAAAUAAUACGCUUCCUACUGCUUUUGUCAAGGCUUGGUGAUAAUUAUGCUGACAAAAGUCAAACCGAGACUUCGCUUCAUUGUUCCGGAUUCGAAAUACUUAAUACCUGGAAACAAACCAUCUCGGAGAACCACGCAGUUGCCAUGAGAAGACCCUUUUCUGAUCGCACAAACUUAUCAUUUGUCAUCUACCAGCAGCGUUAUGGAAGCAGCAAAGAGGUCGCGAUUCAACAUCAACCAUGUUAUAGUGGCGAGAAAACAGUAAACAUCGAUAUAAAUCUUUCAAAAAGCUCUGAAAGUUAUGAAAAGAUUCGGCAUAUCAUUAUGGAUGAGAGAGGACGUAUACAUCCGCGAGCAUGUGAUCCAGAAUUGCGCAGUUUAUGCAAAUUAAGAAUUGGAGACGUGUUUUAUAUAAUAUCGUGGCAUGAAUAUCUCAGAUGUUUAACACAUGUAUUAAUGGGUGAAGAAUCAAUUUUAUUUCGCAGAAAUGCUGAUGGUUUUUUCAAUAUUUCAAAAAAAUACAAGAUGUUUUUGGAAUUGGAAGAUGUCAAUUUAUUGCCACGAUUAGCACUACCAUUUCUAAAGUUUGCUAACAGGUUAUUUUCCUUGGAACGAUUCCUUUACGGUUCCGAUUUUGCGGAAGGCUCAUCAAUGUUAGAUUGUAAAAUUCAUAAAAAUACAACAAGAGCAUUGUUAAAUGUGAAGUUAUGCGCUUCUGAACAAUUGUGGAAAUUCCGUAAUGAAGUUAGACGUUAUGUUGAUGGCAAAGAAGAAUGUGAUAGCGAAAAUAUUAGAGAGUUAUUGCGAGGACUUCUUGAUAUGUGCAGCGUUUUCAACCAUUUUGUUGAUAUAAUUCUCCAUGUACAAACUACUGAUGCGCAGGAUAUAAAUAAAUUGUUAGAUAUAUUUUAUACUGUGAAAAUUACAAAAGGACGAAUGGUACCGGCUAUUAAAAGAUUUUGUGAUGAUAUCCUUGUUGCACUUCUCCGGUACUAUGCUGAAUGCAUCAUGUUUUGGCUGGCGGAAGGCGAAGCGAAUCCAUGCGAUGGUGUUUUCUCUUUUUUAGAUACGGAUACUGAAAUAUUGCAGUGGACAGUUUAUGGAGAAAAGAAAUCUAUCAGUCUAAAAGCAUCGAUGAUCAUCGCCAAAAAUUUUGCCGACAUAUGGCUAUUUGAGGGAAAAUUCCGAAAAUUAAUAUUGGCUUGGCCAAAUUUGGAACAGUUAGCUUCUGAGGAGUCGAACUGUGUUACUGUUGUCAGUUGACGCGCUCAGUCCAAGAAAGAGGGGAAAGGAGAACAGAUGAAUGAAUUAGGACUGUCAGAAGAAGAGAUUCAAAAAGCAUUAAGCUCAGAUUUGUUUGGUGCGGUGGGAUCACUUUUGGACUUCUACUUCCAAAAAAUCUAUCUUUCGCAACAUGCCAUAUUUACACGGUGUUACAUAAUCGAUAAAUUUAAAGAAACUGUGAAGCUUCUUCGAGAUGUGUAUUUAUGUGAUGAUGAAUAUAUAACAGAAAUUUUCAUGAGUGUUUUGUUAAGCGAGGAAAAUGCUUUGGAUUUGGAUUUCAAAUUCGGAAAUUAUCAAAAUUUCCGGCUGGAUGAAGUAAUGGAUUAUCUUAUAUCCAAGAAUUAUUCCCCAACUCUUGUACAUGGAUUUUCACAAUUAACAAGCUCAUCCGAUGAAGAAGAUCUAAAAGUACGGUACAAACCGCCAUAUCCUUUAAAUAUCAUUUUUGCCCCGUCAGUUUUGAUGAAUUAUGAGCGUAUUUGGAAUUUAUUACUGAAAAUUGCAGUGGAAUGUACAGUUUUGGAGAAAAUGAUGGUCCAGAAAGUUUGUAUUUAUAGUACUGCCCUGAUGCAAAUGCGAAUGUGGAAUUUUGUUCGAGCAAUGCGCUGUUUUUUCCAUGAACAGAUAAGACAUGCAUUUGUGAACGAAUAUCAGGCGAUUUGUGAAAAAAUUGUGUCAACAUUGUCUUUUGGGUCGGAAGCAUGUGAAGUUGUGGAAUGUGUUAGAUGA